AUGGCAAAAGACACAGUCUCUUUAUUUUUGUGCUUAUUAUUGUUGAUAAACCAUUGUCAACCAAAAGAUAUUGUUGAUAACAGUCAAUAAAAUAUGGAAAGAAGAAAAAAGUUGUGAUAAUUGUAUUAUUUUAGCAAUUUACGAUAAAAUAUGAAUAGAGAGAGUCUAUUGUAAAUUGAUUAAUAGAUAAGAAGCUUUUUAAUUUCAGAGAAUGUUCUUAGCAAUAAUAAAUAGAAAGUAUAGAUUACUAAAGAAAAACUAUUUGCUAAUGAAGAGAUUAGAAAGUAAUUAGAAAAUACAGGUGAAAUUAUUGAUAAUGGACAAUAGUUAAUUGAUAAUGUUUUGGACAAUUAGGAUGAAUAAUUUUAAAAAUAAAUAGAAAAUAAUUUAGUGAAUAAAUUUAAUUAAAAAUUUGUUUAAGAUGACAAUGAAAAUUAAGAGAAAUAAAAUGUUUAGAGUAAAAAGUAAGGUAUGAGUAAAUAGGAUAAUUUAAGCAGUUUUAAGAAAAUAAAUAAAAAUUAUUUACUGUCAGAUUAAUUACAGGGAGAAUUUAAUCUAAUAAUUGAAGAAUGGUAAUAGUAAGAACAUGACUAAGAAAUUUAGGAUGAACAUAUUGUUGAAGUAACUUAAGAGAAUCCUCCAGCCGAAGAAACUAAAGAAGAACCACAAGCUGAAAAAACUAAAGAAGAACCACCAGGUGAAGAAACAAAAGAAGAACCACCAGGUGAAGAAACAAAAGAAGAUCCUCCAGCAGAAGAAACAAAAGAAGAACCACUAGCUGAAGAAACAAAAGAAGAACCACCAG